UGUGUAACACAGGGCAUCAGAUUAUCUCAGGCUAAUCCCUCAUAACACCACCAAAACGCAAUUGAAACUGCAAUUAUCUCCAUGUCUGGUCGUGAACUCCAUGUUUUUCAUGCAAUCGUAUACUGACAUAUUUGGGAGGUGGCAUCCCUGGGAGAUUUGCGAACUUUGGCGAAACACUCUCCAAAUGUUGACAUUUGAAUUGUUAUUCGUGAGACAAGUGCGUCGGUACGAUACCAAACACUAUCUGUCAGAUAAAACGCAGGUAUCAAAAUGCGAUAGCGCAUGGGAUCUGCAUUACAAAAAAACAAUACAUGUUGGAUUUGAAAUGGCCAAUAAAAGCUCCCAAAUAUUUUCUAUCUGUAAUUACGUCUUUACUGGAACUGUGUGACAACAAGAGCAUUUCUUAGCGUAUCCCAAGUGUUUUUCGGAGAUAUUUACAUAGAAUUUUCGAUAACGGGUGGCACCGUUAAUGUUUAAUGACGGUAUAGUACAUGCCACGAUUUCCUCGUAGCGUCUGGAUUUCUCUUAUGCUCAACAACUAAGUUCCCAAGACAUUUGCAAACACAACGCGAAACUAAUGAUCCAGAGCUGUAAAAGAAAAGGAGAUUUUUUGGCCAAUCGUCUGACUAAAGCUUCUAAGAUGAACUUGCGUUAAAGAUAUUUGUAAAGUUAUUAGCAUGGAGAAAGAACUUGAGGAAUUGCGUAAAGAAAAGGAUGAUAUUGUUUUAGGUUUCAUAAAGGAGAAGGAAAUCAUAGAAUCGUUGCACCAGGAGGAGAUCAACACAUUGUAUAAACGCUUUGAGAAAGAGAAAAUUGCUAUACGCGAUGAGUUUAAAAAACGGGAUUCGCACUCUAGGCAGCAACAGGUUCCCGAAGAACGUUUACGGGAUGUCAACGAGACGCAAAAAAGACAACUUGAGGAUAGUGUUUUAUCGCUGAAGGAAGAAUUACAAAACGAGAGAGCAAAGUGCGACGAUUUUAAAACGACUAUUGCAAAAAAAAGUUUAGAAAUCGAUAGGUUAGAUCACGAAAACGAUAUUCUACGAUCAAUGUGUGAGAUGGAAUCCCCGCAAGAAAGAAUUCUUAAUUUGGAAAUUGAGAAUAAAAAAUUAGAAAAAGAACUUAAUGACACUAAGAACGAAAGUGAAUUGGAAUUUGCGCGAAUGAAAGAUGAACACGAUUUUGAGAAAACUGAGAUCGAAAGAAAACACACACGCGAUAAGGCAGAACUUGUAACUAAUCUUGCCAAGCAAGCAAACGUCUUGAACAAUCAAACAGAAAACUCUGGCACAUUGACCGAGCAGGAACACCUGGAAGAACUGCAAAACCGAAUAGAAAUUGUUGAAAACUUGUGGAGGGAUAGAAAUGAGCAUGAAAAGAAACGUUUACGGGAACAUUUCAAGUCUGAGUUGAACGAUCUUCGUGAAAAAACUCGCGAAGAACUCAAGGAGAGAAUAGAAGAAAAAGAUACUUUGAUAAAGAGCCUAGAGCAAAUCAUCGAUGAGCUGUCUGAAGCUUUAAAACUGGAAAGGUUUGCUCUUGCUAAAGUUUAUAACCGUGAAAUUUCUCUUCUUGCAGCGAGAGCGGACACACCAAGUAAGGAAGACAUCGAGGUAGCUCUUAUUGACGAGGUCGCCAAGCUUAAAAACCAGCAGCAGGAUGCUUUGAAGGAGAUGGAGAAGAAAAACAAGAGAAAACUCCGUGAGCUACAGAAGGCGCAAAAGCCGUUGCAAGAACUCUUAGAACAGCAUAAGAAAGACCUUGAACAACAAAGGUAUGAAUAUGAACAGCAAAAAGAAGAUCUUGAAGCAAAACUUAGGAAUGAGCAAUUACAACUGCUCAAAAGUUUCGAAUUUGAAAAACGUGAUACUGAGAAGUUUUACAAAAAUCUCCUGGAUAACCGGGAAGUCGAGUUCCAAAACGAGCUGAACCAGCUGAAAAAUAAUCACGAAAAAGAGAUCUGUGACAUAACAAAAGAAAAGGAAAGACUGAAUGAGCAACUUAUAGGGCUAAACAAUAAAAAUGUCGAGAUUUUGGAAACAUUAAAAGGGUUAGAAGAAGAGAAUAAAUCAUUGAAAUGUGAGAUAUCAAAGCUUGAGAACAGAAGUACAGAAGGCCAAACAACAAAGCAUCCACAUGAAGCUGGUAAAGGGAAAGGAGAUGUGGAGAGGAAGUCUGUGCUGGAAGACAUCCAGAGUGUCGAGGAGAGCUCCCUCGAGGCAUGCCAACCAUCCAAUCAGGUAACCAUGCCAGGGGCAAAUGCCAACAUUAACAAGCUUAACUUCACUGAUAGUAAUGAGAACAUAGGAGCGCAGCGUCGCGAGAAGGCGGGUGAACAAGAGGAGUCAAAUCUCGAGGAUUUGCAAGUAAGACUCCGUGAUAAGGAUGAGGACAUUAAGCAGCUUAGAGACGAACUCGAAAAUGAGAAAACUAGCACACGAGAUUGUCAGAAAAAGCUCCGUUCGCUUCAGGACUUUGUGAAUACACUUGGCUCUGCUGUGAAUGAUGAUGGUGAUCCUAAUGAUAUCGUUGAUCAUGUCAAGACCUUUGUGCGUAGUGCCGACGGGGACCAGUGCUUGUCAAGGUAUGUUCAGCCCACAGAAGACAACGAUGCAGAUGUUGUCCAACGUUUUGAUAAGGAAGUCCAUAAAUUGGGAAAUUUAAUCGAUGAUGCACUAUCUACUAACAAGGAACAGCAAGACCUGAAAAAGAUUCUACAAAGUGCAAAGAAAGACAUCGCGAGGGCACAUGAGCUGGUGCUCCUUGAGAACAACGAAAUGUUCCAGAAAAAUAAGAAUGCUCUUCUGAAAGAGUUGUCCCUUGCAAAGAAAAUAGAGCUUGAAAGCUACGAACAUCUACAGGGGCAAAGUGAGGUUGGGAAUGACUCGGAGAAAGAGAAUAGCAGCAGAACAGUGUAUACAAGCGACGGUGACCACAAAGCCGACAAGGAAGACCAACCACGUUCUGAGACACCAAGCAGCCUGCAUUCCAGUGUGAGUGAUCCUGCUGAAGCCCUGAAGCAAGAAAAUGGGGAUCUCAAGCAAGCCUUGCAGGAAUUACAGGACCGGUUUAGUAAAGAUAUGCAAGAAAUGCAAGAAAAGGCAUACAACCAGCGCAAAGAAAUUGUUAUGUCAACGGAGGCGGAAGCAAUUGAGUCUCUGCUGAGACAAAAAAGUUCGCUGGAGGAUGCAAUUAAUACCGAACGGUUUUAUCUAAGUCGCGUUUACUACAGCGAGAUGAAAGAUGAAUUGGAAGAAAUUCUUGCAAAAGAAAAAGAUAAGAUGGAAAGAAAAUUUCAGAAAGAAAAGAUUGAAAUUGUUUUGAAGCAUAACAAUGAUUUGAUGGAUCUUCAUAAGAUGCUUGUUGAAAAAGAUGAUAACGAAGUCAAACUUAUCCAAGAGAGGAACGCUAUGGCUCGCAAAGUGCUAGCCGUACAAAGAGGGGCAUCGCCCGCGGAUGCACUGGAUGAGGAAGAGAAAGCUAAGUUGGCGAGAGAAGCAGAUGUAAUGGAGUCUGUCCUUCCUCUGAAAAAGGAGAUCGCUAGCUUGCAGCUCGAGCGGCAACGUGAUAAUGAGACAAACACAGACGUUCUUAGGAAAGCGAUCGAGUUAAUCAAAGAGCUGUUAGAGGAGAAAGAGGAUGGGGGUAGAUCAAGAGCACCUAGCAGCGUUAAAGAAGAGGAUUUCUUUUCAAGAUCUGGGAGGUCUUCGAAGGCGUCUUUGAAUGCAUCGAGAGUAGGAGAGAAACAUGAUCCGACAAGUGUUGAUGGAGAAACAGUUCCAACUUCCGGAAGAUCUUCUCGGGCCUCCUUGGUGAAUGAUAGCAUGGAAAGUGGUUUAUUCGAACCUCAAGGUCCAGAUAACUCAGACAGUGUAUCCGCCGAAACCCCUGAAAACCAAGAUAAUGGCACUGUCCCAAAUCAGCUUGAUUCUUACAGCAAAUUGAAUACUCAAGAGAUAAACAGCAAAGGAGACUUGGUCAGAGCUCUAGAAUCCCUUAUUGAAGGUGUUUUGCAUGACAAAGAGGAGGAUUUCGACUCUGACACUUCGUCUGGAGCCUUUUCUGAUUUAGAGUCAGGUGUGUCAACCCCUGCACCAGAAUUAAUCGACGGAAGUGACUCCGGUGCAGAGUCAGCAGGAAGUGACGAUUUGGCAAUCAAGAAGUCAAAAGUGGACCUUGCGCUGAAUUUAGAGAGGUUCGGUCUUGGAAGAGUAUAUUACAACGAGUACAAGGACAGCUUGAAAAGGGCCAUGCGAAAGCUGGCUCGGGCAAAGGACACUAUCAAGAACCAAAAGAGCGGGUUCGAGAAUGAUUUGAUUGAUGGAGUCAGAUAUCUUGUUGACAAGAUUUCAUUUGAGAAAGUGAGUGUACUCUCUGAAAAUGCACACACCCAGACGACUCAAGAAGAUAUGAGCAUUUUGGUUAAAAAUGCAAAGGUCGAUGGCGAAGUCGUAGGCAAAAAUGAUAAGGAAAGAGAGACGGAAAUGCCUGAUAACGGUCUUACUAAUGCAGCUAAAGACGAGAUAGAGACGGCAAAAGAUACAGAGGAAAAAACAAAGAGUGCUACUUCUGAUAUUUCAACGCAAAUAAAAGACAAGAAUGCGGAAGAGGAUUACAUAGGAUCUAGUGGCGAAGAUGCAGAAAAUAGCGAGAUAAGCGAAGAUCUUGAGGAAGGAGAAAUCCCUGAGGUUGCCAAGCUUCACAUUCCAGUUAUAUCUGGCAGAACCUCGCCUUGUAUCUUUGACGUUUCUCUUGUGGAAAAUGAUGCAGAAGGCAGCGAACGACGGAGAUCGCUUAGACCAGAUGACAAAAGCAACAAAGAUGACGGGGAACGAAGAGGAAGCGUUAAAGAAAAUGAGGCAAAAACUAUUGACAUGGAAAGUAGAGCAGAUCAACCAGAUGGAUAUCGUCCACCUGGGCCUGCCAAUAAAGCCCAUGAAGACCCAAAAGACUCCCAAUGUUCCGGAGCUGUUGGUGAUACAGAAUGCAGAUCAGAGGAAGAAGAGAAGCACGGCUCCCGUCAUCGAAAGGAGGACGCUGUACCAACGGUACAAGGUGUCGUGGAGGAGAUUGUGUCGACACAGCAACUGCAUUGUUAUGGAGCAGUCCCAGAACAGGAACAAGCAGUCAAGAAAGAAGUGCCAAAUGACCAUGAUGACAGUAUUAACGACGAUAAGGAGAGAGUUGAAUUGCAGUUAUGUAAAGAAGAGGCAAUGGACAAUUCUCGAGAAGACGUAAAUGACAAAGUUCAACAAGAUGCCGACACUGCUGACGAUGCAGAGAUAUCUUCAUUGCACAUAGCUGUUAUUCCCGGAAGAACCUCCCCAUGUUUAUUUCAGAAAAUAGAUAUUCCUGUUGACGAGGUCACUGAAGACGUAAAGGAUGAGAAGUCUCCAGAUCUAAGAAAAGAAGAAGAAAUGAAAAACAACGAGAAAUCAUUGACAAGUAUUGGAGAUGAUAGAGAAGAUGGUGGUGAUGAAGCAGAUGUUACUACAUCAAGAAAUCAAGAAGAAAGUGCGGUAGAUAGUAUUAGUUCUAAAGAAGCUAACGAGAAGAUAAAACAAGACAGCAGAAAGACAGGUGAUGGUUCGAAAGAAGAACUUGAUAGAGACGCCAAACAAGAAAGCAAAAUACCCGAAGAAAGAAAUAAGAAUGAAAUGAAGAGUGCCGGAGAAGACCAUGAAAUGAAGGAAAGUGACGUUGUGAAAGAGAGUAACAGCCAGGAUGCUGGAAUAAAGAAAAGCGAGAAUGUGAAAUUUAAUGAAAGCGAGGCUGACGAAGUAAAGGAAGGUGAAGAUGUUAAAGUCAACGCACGCGAAGAUGCGGAAUUUAACGAGAGUAACGCCAUUGAUGUAAAAGGGGAAAAUGAUAGUGAUGCGAGAGAUAAGCCGAGACGCGAUCAGGUAAACGAAAUUGGGGUGAUUGAGGAUGAUAAAUCCCUAAUGAAACCUUCAGCGUCGAUGGAAUCUAGACAAAGCCCUUUGAGCAAGGAAGGAGAAGACGUAACUAGUGAUCAAGACAGGGGCCAGCCCAUUAGCGUAUCAACGGAGAAGUACGGCUCUCAAGGUGGAGACCAUACAUAUCAGGAAUUACUUGGCAAUGCGGAAGGGAAGUCUGAAUAUCCAGUCAAAGACAAAUCCCAAAUAGAUGGCAAAGACGACGAAACUCCAAUUGAGAAAGAUGGUGAUUCCAUAUCUCAGUCUGAAAACGACUUGGAGCCACAUGAACAUGGCAAGAGCGUGGAGGAACUGACAAAAGAAAAUAAAGAGUUGAACAAAAAAUAUGACAUCUUACGCUCCCUAGUUGGAAAAUGGUUUGUUGACGAAAUACCAGAACUGAAAAAAGUCUCCAUGGAGAAAGCAAACCAGGAUGAGGAAGGUAAAAUAAGCGAAGAGGAGUUAAAUGAACUCAAUAAAUCUAAGGACCGCCUAACGGAGGCGAUUGGAGAUAUCGAAAAUAAGAUUAGUGGACUUAAACUUCUAAGUGAUUUUAAUAAGAAAGAUGCCGAUAUGCAGCUGGUUGAGAAAGAGCUUCAGAAAUUGAAAGAGCUAGAGGAGGUGGAGGGUAUCCUUAAAAAAGAUGACGAAAUACGUCUCUAUGCACACUUGGUGGAUGAAAAGGCGAAAGUGGGCGAUAAACGCGAGGAAUUGAAACGAGAUGUCGAAGAACAACUGAGUAAACUAGCAAGCGAUGACAACCAGUUAGUGGCAUUGCUCGCAAGGCAGGACGAGCUAGAGGAGAAGAUGGCUGAAGAUGCUAGACUGCUGGCGCGAAAAUCCGAUGAAUUUGACGCAAUCCAAGCAAGAUCAGAGGAAAAGGAACGGCUUGAAAGAGAGGCAGAGACAUUGAAAAAGCAGAAAGAGGCGCUGGAAGUGAUAAGCAAAGGAGAAUGUAGUUCGUCGUCUGAUGGAAUGGUAGAAGCAGAACCCGACAAUGCAAAUAAGGCUUUCGAUAAUAAAGCUGAGGAGAGGAGAAGUAUUCCAGUUGAUACCCGAGUUGAUAAAGAGCUAACAAUGUCUCUAGAUCCUUAUCAAUAUAACCCGGAGGUUUCGCGUCUCUUAAAAAGGAGAGAGAAACUGGACGAAGAGCGUCGUGAGGUUGGUGAUAAGAUCAAGAGAGCUCAAGACUACGAGAAGCGCUAUGAAAAUACUCUUAAGGAUCAUUCACGCCGGUUAAAACCAUUCCUUAGAAGGCUGGAGAAACUAGAAAAGAGACUACCAGAAAAAGACAAUGUGGCCUCAUUGGGAGAACUUAUCUCCAGUUUGGGAGAGAUAGAUAACAAAAUUAAAGAGAGAUUAGAGAUAGGGAGGCCAGACAUCAAUGAUGAUCAGGAGAUUUCAGCCUCAGCUCUGACUGCAAUAAUACGUGGACUGCGAGAUGAGGAGCAAGCGAUCAAUAAGGACCUCAAGCAAUUGCAAGACGAAACAAAAGUUGAGGAAGCGUCACAGUCAAAACGCGUCGAAACAACUGUAAAGCCCAUUGAAGAAGACAUGAAGUCUCUACCAGACGAGUUGAAAGAAGCAAUGGACCUUUCGUUGCGAAAGAAACAGCUUGAGAACUCUCACAAAGAAUGUAAUGAUAGGUUAGAAGCAAAAGGGCAAGAGUUCCUUGAUGCUGUCGAACUGCAGAGGAAAGGAAAACUUAGAGAAGACUCACUAUCGGAGAUAAGUAAGCUUGCGAAGAAGAAGGAAGCGCUUCUGAAAGACCUACAAGACGUGACAGCUUCCAUAGUAGGUGAUAUUGAUGCAAAUGGGAAUUCUAAAACAGAUACCGAAAUAUUGGAGAAGAACGUUGAAAGAAAAGUAGAGAUUGAAGAUGAUUUACAGAGAGUUCAAGAUGAGAUUGACGAGGGGCCAUCUACUACUGCACGUGCGGUACUAGAGGCGUUUGAACAAGUAGUGACACAGAAAGAGGAUAUAGGAUCGCUGACUGAAACGCUGCGGAACGCUAAGGUUGCCUUGACGGAUAAAGCAGACGAAAAUCCCGCAUUCUUUGCUGAACUUUCGCCUGAUGUCAUUGAACUUCUAGAGCUGAGCAACUACAGAAAUGACGAACCAGAGACGGGUCAGUUAUUACAGAAGAUAGAAGAAACAUGUUCUCUCCAGUUCGAGGAAGACGCAAAAAUUACACAACUUGCCACGGAAUUAUUGGAUUUGAAAGGCCGGGGAAAAGACCCAACAACGAAAGAAGAUGAUUUAUGCGAGGCUUUAACAAAGUGGGGAGAUCUAAAAGACAAGAGCUCUUGCUUGAAUGAAGAAAUGAACUCCAAAGAAUCGAGGAGGCAGGUGUUGGAUGAGAAUAAAGAAAAAUCCACGGGAAACGUGUGUCCGAAGUAUGAUCUAGACAGCUUGAUGAGAAGAAAGGGUAAGAUUCAGGAUGAUGUAAGUGCUGCGGAGGACCUGUUUACCUUAUUGGAGGAACAAGAGCGGCUGCAAGAUAUCGUGGAUGACAUCCAGGGAGGCGCGGAUGAAUACCUAAAGAUGCAGUUACAAGAUGUUGAAAAGAUCAUCCGACAGAAGAUUGCUAGGAUGGACCAACUUAGAAAACAAAUUGAAGAAAAGAGGAAUGAAGUGUCGAAGCGACAACAGCAGCAGCGGGCCUUAAAAGAGGAAACAGAGGAAAUUCAAAAUGACACUGCUAAAGUUCUUAUCAAAACACAGGAGAAUCUUGAAGAGAUUGAAAAAGACCGGGCUCUGUUUCAUGAAAAACAGUUGAAUGAAGAACAAGAACUCAUCGAGGAGAUAAAAGAACUGAAAGGGUAUUUAGAAGAGGAUCUGUGGGAGCUGGAUUCCUUAAGAGAAAAGAUUGAUAGUUUACACAAUGGUGAUAAAAACACCUCCGAGCAAUUGCAAGAAUUCGAGAAGGCGUUACGGACCAAGAAAUCUCUGCGUGAUUACACGUUGGAAAUAGAUGCAAAACUCACAAGCUACGACUCUUCAGAUCAGGAUAGACUUACUAACGAACAAAAGGAGAAGCUUAAAACAAAACAGCGCGCGAUAGUAAAAGAAUUGCAAGACAUCCAAGACGAGAAGAAGAAAUUUGGAAUAGAGCUGGAAGACGAGGAGAUUCAACAAUCUUUGAGUAAUCUAUACGAUCAGAAAUCUAUCCUUGAAGCAGAACGAAAGGAUAUUUUGGCCAAAAUUCACGGGGCAAAUGAAUUUGCAAAGUUGGUGGAUCAAAGGAAAGACGUUAAGCCUAGUGAUCAAGAACAGAGAUAUUACAAACACGCGUUGGAUAGAAUGAUGAGCGAUGAUACCACAUUGAUCAAACUCGCACAAGAAAAUGAGAUUCUUCGUCAAGCAGCACGUGAUCAAAGGCAGCAGAUGGAAGCUUUGUUGCAACGUCUGACGAAAGCAUUGGGUGACGACCUGGCAAAGUGUAUUACCGCUGACAAGUGUACAACCGAGAUUGGUCUUCCAGUGAGCGUGCUUGGCUCUGAGGGAAGGGAAACCGUUAAGGCAAUGGUAAAAGAUCUAACUGACGAGAAUGCAAAGCUUAGAAGCAUUAAUUGUUAUCUGAACAGGGAUCUGGAUACCUUAGAGAGAAAAGUUGGUGAGGCUUUGACUCGGUCCAUUCUUAACCCUAAAAUAAAAAAGAAGAAUCAAUUUCUUAGUGGAGUUAAUGACGAAGAGAAGACUAUUGAAGAGAAAUUAGAAGAGAACUCCGAUAAAUUGAAUACAAAGAGGUUUAUCUUGGGGAAUAAUUUGGCUAAUGCUCUUUUCGGAGGCGAAAACGUUAUGGUUGAUUCGAUGGACAUUAUGGCACCGCAAGUCAUGAAAAAUAAUGAUGAAACACUCGAAGAAGUCAUCUUAGCAUACGAAAAAGAACUUGACUUCUUGAACAGUCAAAACGAAUUAUUAAAAAAUCUUGUUGGAGAAGACCUGGUCGACGCCUUGAUGAGAUAUGGAUCGUCAGAGAGGAAAAAAGGCAAUGGCACUUUGAGUGAUGAGGAUGCCAAUGAGCGAAACUUGCUCUUACUACAAGAAAAAGGGGAUUCAAAAGGAACAACAAGAGAUAGAGACAGACCUGAAUCAUCGUCUAAAAAAAUGCCAGCCCAAGCUGUUUCAGACAAAUCUUUAACAGCCGAGUCUGCUCCAACGGUCAUUGAUAAAACUGUUAGCACUUGUAGUGCACCUGUAAAACGUCUUCAGGAAAGUGACCAAGAGGAUAAAAUUUCUAUCGAGAAACCGGCGCAUUCUUCGGCUGACAGUGAACCUGAUGCUGAGUCAAAAGGCUCUUUGAUUGAUGAAUCCCCUGAGAUGGCUACAUGCGAUAUUGCCGAGAGCUCUCCACAGCCAUCAGCUUAUGACAAGACGGAUAAGAAUUCAGCCCAAGAGCAACUACCCCUAUUGACUACAAGUGGAUUACCAUAUGCAGAUAGUACAGAGGUUAUGAGACCACUAAAGGCUCCAGAUUUUAUGGCUGAGUACGACAAGCAAUUGGCCGAUGUUGUUGCUGCGUAUGAAAGGGAUCUUGAUAUUCUAACCACAAGACUCGGGCCAAACCUGUGUGACGCAGUCUUUUCGAUGGGCUGCAAAGAUGACCCUGUAAAGAGAAAGGUCAAAUCGAGUGAUAAGGAGAAAUUCAAUAAAGAGAAAAGUGAUCUUCAAAAUUAUAUGCCUUUCAGACACCCUGUUGCUUUAGUUAAUCAGGAAAAUCCAAGCGAAUCAAUCCCUGCUGUAGCUGAAUUGCUUAAGUCGGAUGUCCCUUUGGAAGACCUAAUUACAUCUUACGAGACCAGGUUAAAUGAUCUUGAGAAAAAGCUUGGCCCAGGGCUUGUAAAAGCUUUGUCAAAUAAACCACUUUCCACUCAUGAUAGUGAGGGAGUUAAAAGUUUACAAGAAGUCAAUGAUUUUGCUAGUGAUGGCAUUGAAGAAAAUAACUUGUUGGUCUCACCUGCGCAAAAGUAUGAUUCGUAUGAAAAAGAGCACAAAUGGAUGAUUCAACAGUUCUCUCAGCAAGAUAACGACAAGUCUGAAAAUGACAAAGAUAAGGUUGAAGAAAAAUCAGGAGAAGAUACUAAUGAAGCUGAAGUCCAAUCAGGAAAGGAAACAGAUGAAGCUAAAGUCAAAUCAGGAAAGGACACUGACCAGGCUGAAGUCAAAUCAGGGAAGAAAACUGAUGAAGUUAAAGUCAAAUCAGGAAGGGAAACUGAUGAAGCUAAAGGCAAAUCAGAAAAAGCCAAAGAUGAAAUUGAAGUCAAAUCAGGGAAGAAAACUGAUGAAGCUAAAAACAAAUCAGAAAAAGACACUGAUGAAGCUGAAUCACAACUGCAACCUGAACUUGCCCCUGUGUAUGAAAAUGUCGAGAAUCAAUUGAAAAAAGAUGGCUUUGGGGAGGGCGGUUAUGCCCAUGCGGUUACUUUGAAGUGCAGUACACCCGUCUCUAAGCUUAAUAAGCCCGUCAAGUACUUAGGCGAAACCGGCCACCAGGACAGCAGUGUGUCGUCGGACGAUGAACGAUACUCGGAUGGCUCCAACGAAACAGAGCAGGAAAAAAGAUACAUCGACUCCGAACACCCGUGCGGCCCGUAUCUGAUGGCUCCAUGUGUCAUGAGCGAGAAGGGAACAUCGCUGGAAGAAGUCAUUAAAGGUUAUGAAAAUGACCUUGAGAUUCUGAAGACGCGUUUGGGACCAAACUUAUGGAGUGUAGUGUUGUCUCAAUGUCGAAAAGCGGACACUGGCGGCGUCAAUGAGACAGUAGGAAAACUGAGCGUGGCAGGGGAAGAUUUGCAAGAAGGAUGCCUAGAUGUAGACCAGUUGGAAAACAGUGACGAUAGAACGGCAACCAGCGAUGGGGAAGAUGCACUACUAGGACAGUUCAGUGAAUUUGUGUUCUUUCCCUUAGAAUAUAUGUUGAAGACGUAUGCCACGGAGCGAAAAGAAUUCAAGUCUAAACUCGGACAUGAUUUAUUUGACUUAGUAAUCAAAAAGGACGAUGAUGGUGUAAGACGGGCAACUAUAGAGCAAGAGAAGAUAGUUCAGUCGAAGCCAGGUUUAAUGGACUCGGACAACAAGAAAUUGAUGAACGAAGAUAAAUAUGAAAAUAUAGGGGAGGAACAGAAGGCAGAUAGUACCAGUGCCAAGAUGGCGAUUGAUGACGAAACAGGCGGUAUCUCCGCUGUUAUGGUCAAAAUAGACCAGGACCAGGCAAGUGCAAUUGUACAGGAUUCACAGACGAAAGCCACCGACGGCCACGAGAACAAACCACACGAUAGGGAUUUAGGGUUCAAUCAAGAUAAAGAGGCUACUUUCACAGAGAGCAAACCUCCGGACAAAGCUUUGGGACGUAGACAAUCUGAUGCUGGCGGUAGUGCCAAGCGAAUACAGCCUUCUGAAUUAGGCUUGUCUGGCUUGCAAUCAUCACGCGUGAUCUCAGCUAUGAAAGAUCACGACAUCACCCUUGCUGAUGCCAUUCAAGACUGUGAAAGAGAACUUAGCACUCUAAAGCGGAAACUGGGUUCUGGUCUGUCUGAAGUUCUGUUGAAAUCAAGGUCUACUGAAGAACCGAGAGAGAUAGGAAUCGAUAAUUCAGAAUCGAAAGACGCCCCACAGCUUUUUGAAGCUGCGUUAGGUGAUGCACAAAAAGGAUGGGAACUAAAGAGAGCUUUAGUUAGCAACACAAAGAAGACAGAUAUCAACCAAUUACCAGGAGUGGAAAACGUGAGAGUGGAUCAGAUCCAGAGCGGAGAAAAAGAAAUAGAGCCGAAGUCAAUAAAUGCCGCAGAAAAAGAAAAUGUAACAAUGGCUUCCCAACUGGGGACAGCGGAUAAGCCACAGAACGAUGAAACCGCUGAGUCCAUUCUGAACGGCCCAGCUAUUGUAACCCCAAAAGGCACAACUCUUGCAGACAUCAUAUGUUCCUAUGAAAGAGAUUUGAAAUGGCUGAAGGCUAGUGUCGGACAGGACUUGGCUGAAGCUAUUUUACACAAAAGCAAAGACUUACGGAGCAGUGGUCAAGAGAGUAGUGAGAUUGAUGGGAGUUGCUCUGACGCCAGUGUAAAAGAUCUCACCUUUAACGAGAUAGGAUCCGAACAUGCUAAGAUUUCCGAAAAAGAGGACGCUUGUGGAGAAAAGCAGCUUGUAAAUGAUGCAAUGGAACAAGAAACAAAACCCGCUCCCCUCGAAAUUGUUAACAAAGAAAGGGACGUGGAAGAUAAAUAUGAUAAAUUUCAAAUUGAGGCUGGGGCUCAUGAAAAAUUAUCCCCUGAGAAAACAAAGACGAAUGAAAUAGAGUCUCCAAUCAAAGAAGGCUCUUCACAAAGGAGAACAAAACCCACAGUUCUUUUCGCAUUAGAAGAAGGGAGGACUCUAGAGGCUGUCAUCAAAAACUACGAACGAGAUAUUGAUGGCUUGAAAACGAAGCUGGGGGAGAAACUAUAUACAGCUUUAACAAAAGAUGAAUACACAAAAGAUGAUAGUGAGACGGAGCUUCAAGGAACAGAAAUAUCUUGUGUUGGAGCUGAAGAACCAAUGGGUAAAGAAGAAACAGCACCAGCUGCUAAAACAGGGCCGAGGCGUUCGGAAAAUACCACAUCAACACCUGACGAGAAUUCGACCGCAGGCAACGACCAAGACGAAGGAGUUGCACCGCUUUCUGAGGCUAAACUUGAGGGGCAAGGAACCAGCAGUAUUGAUACAAAGCUUAUCAGAGACCUUGAAUUCAGGGCGUCUAUGCAACAAGACGAUCUUGAAUCAAAAGAAUUAGAAGCACUUAAGGCAAUGAGAAAUCAAGAUAUUACACUGUUUGAUGCAAUUUUAAGGUGUGAAAGGGAUUUAGAUGUCCUUAAAAGUAAACUUGGUCCCAACCUUUUUGAAGUGCUGCUUACAGAUACAGAAAUUGAAGACAACAAAGUAGCCGCAGCAAAUGUUAUAGCUGUGGAAAAAGUACCCGAAGCAGCCGGGGACCAAGUCAGCGAAGUUGCCUUGAUAGCAAAGAAGAAAUUGGAUGGUGGUUCCGAGAUCAUCAAAGCAGACGAAGACGCAAAAAAAGAUGUAAAGCGUAAAAAAGAGGAACAGACACAAAAGGAGACAAUGUUAAUGGAAAAUGAACAGUGUUCCAUGAAGAAUCCAAGAUCUGAUGAAAAGCUAAAUGCUGUACGGGAUUUGAGCAAAGACGGAAACAGCAUCGAAACAAUUUUGAUAGACUAUGAAACUAAGCUCGGUAAAUUACAUAAAAGUAUUGGUCCAGCUCUUUACGAGGGCCUUCUAGAAGCAGAGGGUGAUAAGGAUAAGAAACUAGAGGAUCAAGAAGCUCAAGAUGGCCAUGAUUUAGUUGUAACAAAUGAGGAGAGAGAACUUGAAAAAGGUAGAAGCUGUGACCAAGGAGCUGAGAGCGACGAUAAAAUGACAAGCAAAACAGUGGUCGACAAACAAGGAUGUCCAAGCAAGCUAGACAGCAAUCCCGGCACUGAAGUAGUGAAUGAAACAGAAAAAGAUGAUGCAGACAACGGUGUGCAAAAAGCUCUUGCAAGUGUGAAAUGCGAAGGUUCCACUUUGGAGGACAUCAUAUCCGAUUAUGAAAUGAGAAUGGCCCAAGAGCGACCCAAUGAGGAUGAGGACGAAGACGCCCUAAAUGCUUGCGAGGAAGAGCUUGGUGCCUUGAUAAAUGAGAACAAUGUUCUAAAGGGUAAACUUGGCAGAAAUCUCUCCCGAUGCAUUUUGGGCAACGACGAGACUGAGAAUGUCGGCAAUAUUGAAUCUUCCCCUGAUUCUAAAAAAAAUAUUCUUGAGGGACUAGACCUCCAAGAUGGUAAAACUGUCGAGGACCUCCUCUCAGAUUACCGUAGAGAAUUGGAAUUAUACCGGCAAAUCAAGGAUGAGAAUGGAACUGUCUCAAGGAUUGUGAAUCUAGAAAAGCAAGUGAAUGAUCUGAGUGGAGAAAAUUCAUCCUUGAAAACAACAAUGGGUGACGUUAAAGACAAAGUCGGCGAAGGGCUGUUGAAACAACUAGAUCUUGAAGACGUACUCAAGACAAGUUCAGGGGGUGAAAAUUUGAAAUGUGCUGGAAAUGCAAAGUAUGGUGGUGAAAAUGAAGCCGAUCACACUGAGGGCGACGACGAAAUGAUUAGACUAGAAGCUCCUUCGAUAAUGAAAGCCAGCGAUAUUUCGCUCGAAAAGGUUUUACAAAACUACGAACGCCAACUCAGUGACCUUAUUGGCCAAGGAAACCAACCAGGAGAGCUAACUGAAGUAGAACACGAUUAUCUGAAGAACAAUAUUGGUCCAGAGCUAUUUGAUAUGAUCCUUCACAUGAAAGAUGAAGACACAGCUCUUGAAGACUCUGUGUCUGAUGGCAAUACAGAUGAAGAGACAUCGAAAACACAAGGCAAACUCAGCGUGUUGAAAAGAAUGAAAAAAGAAAGAAAGCCAAUAUCAGAACUUCUAAGUGACUGUGACGAGACGAUAGACCGGCUUGUAAGGGAAAACCAAGCACUCAAAGGUGUUGUUAGUGAUAGUACAGAUGGCAGUAGCCCUGUAGAGGAAAUCAUCUCUACUUACGAGGCCAAAAUAGAGAAAUUAGAAAAAACGUUUUCACAGAAAGAAAAGGGAUAUCAAGACCAGAUUCGGAGCCUCGAGAGUAGAAACAAUGAGAUGGAGCAGGAAUAUGGGGACAAGAUGCUAGAGAUGGAAGGCGAGAUUGAAGACUUAGGUUACAACUUUGACCAGUUAUCCAAAAAGUUGCGCCAAGAUUUAACUGAGAACCUUAUAAAUGCCAAUGAUGUUGACGAAGAUGACGCAUUUUCUCGACGACGGGUCGAGGCGCUGAGAAAGAUGGAACAGGAAAACAAAACUUUAGCUGACGUUCUCGAGGAAUAUGAGGACAAUUUGCGAAAACUUGACCACGAGAACAAUGUGUUAAAGGCAAUGUCAGGAGAGAGCGAGGAAGGUGCUUCGAUUCUAGAUACCAUCUCUGACUAUGAGGAUACCAUUACUAGACUCAAAGACACGAAUAAGAUGCUGAAUGACCGACUCGAUGAUCUGAAAGACAGAAUAGGGAAGAAUUUGACAAAUGAAUUAGUAGAACUUGCACGACAAAAGCGAGGAGAGCUCGAAAGCUUAUCUGACACAAGAGAUCGAUUACCUGUGAUACAACGUAUGGCUGAGGAGAACACUAGGCUCGAAGAUGUUAUUAUAGCUUACGAAGAAGCUCUGAAAACAGCACAAAAUGAACUUUGCGUCAUACAAACAGAACUGGCAUUGCUUUGCAGCACAAUAGGUCAAGACCUUUCAAAGGAAAUCUUGAAUCCAGCUGCACAACCUUCACAGGAAGAUGCCGCUACUACGGUCACUGUAACUGAAGAGGAAACAAGAAAGCCCAGGCAGCCGGCAAUAAGGACGUUGCAGGAGAAAAUAGGAAAAGAUUUAGCGACAGAACUACUUGAGAUGGAUGAAAAUUCGGCUGAGGAGCUUAAACGUGGAAGGAAGAAACCCUUUGCCCUAUGGAAAAUGGCUUCACUUUCCAAGUCUUUAGAAGAAAUAGUCACGGAGUAUGAGAGUUCAUUGAUAGAGUUUGGAGCGCUUAAAAUCGAAGAUGAAAAAACUCCUGCAAAGGAGAUUAGCGCUGUUGAGGAAGAAAUUGUCAUGACAGCUGAGAGUAACUUGGGAGCCGCUGCCCCCGAUGCGAUGGUCAUCAUGGAUGUAGUUGAGAAUUCAAGGGGUGAGGACGUAAAUGAAGGUUUGCAGGAUCGUCUCAAAGAUCUAGAGAGCCAACUAGAAGAACAGAAAAAGCUUAACGCCAAUUAUCAAAAAGAUAUCGAAGAUCUUCUGAAUGAUAUUGUCAAGUUAAAGAUGCGUGGUAUGGAUGACGAUGGAACUGAAGAGAUGGAAAAUCAAAUAAGAGAGGAGCUUGAGGUAAAACAAGAAAACAAACUUCUUCAGGAACAAGUAGAAAACUUGAUAAAGGACAACGCGUUAUUACAAAAGGAUAACACCGAUAAGAGCACAGAGAUUCAGAACAUGGAGCUAGAAAUAAAGAGGCUUGAAAAUAUCGUAAGCGAUUUGCAGAAGGAACUAGAAAACAGACCUGACGACGAUUGGAAGGAAGAGGUGGAUGGCUUGAAGUCGAGAAAUGAGGAACUGCUGAAAGAGGUGGAAAGCCUGAAAGAGAAUUUGAAAGAAAUUAAAGAUGGCUCUCAAACGGAAAAGGAGAACCUUAUCGAAGAAAAAGAACGGGAGAAGUUGAAUGCUAUGAAUGAGCUUCUGAAUGCUAAAGCAGAAGUUGAGGUGAAACUUCAGGAGCAGCUUACUGCGAAUGAUGAAUUGGACGAUAGGGUGAGAGAGCUUGAAAAACUGAUGAAACAAAGAGGACAUCAAGAGCCUAAUAACGUGGGAGAUAAUAGCGCCGAGCUUGUAGUACAAAUUGAUGGUUUAGAGACAAGAAACGAAGAACUGCAAAAAGAGCUAGACGGUCUGAAAGAGAACAUGAAGAACAUUCAAGAUUACAAAACGGAGAAGGAUGAAGAGACGGAGAAGCUGAGAUCAAGGAAUGAGAAACUCAAGGAGCAACUAGACGAGACAGAGGAACUGAUGAGAAAUACUAUUCAAAAUUAUCAAGAGGAGAUUAAAAACAUUGAAAAGGCAAAGGCGCAUUCAGUGGACAACCUUAAACACGAAGUUCAACUGUUAGAGAGCAAGCUGGAGAUGGAAAAGACAUCAGGAGAGCGACUUAAGGAUGAAUUUAACGACAUGUUAGCUCGCGAAAGGAACAGGGCCAUUGAAGACUGUAAGGAUGAUCUAGAGCGAGAAAGAAGGAGAGCACAAAAAGAGAAAGAAGAUUUGAUUUACGACCACGAAAAACGAGAAAAGGUUUUGCAAGAUGGGGCUGAAAAAGACAGAAAAGGGUUCGAGAAAGAGAAAGAAGAAUUCGAGGAAGCAUUCAGGAAAGAGAAGAAAAUAUUUCAAGAUGAGUUAAGUAAAAAGGAUGAAGACCUCGCUCAGAAAUUGCAAGAUCUUAGAACACAACUUGAGAACGAGAUGGAAAAAGAAAAAGCUGAGUUGCAAUCCCGCAUUGAAACAAACAUAUAUGGUGAAGAAAUCCAGAAAAGUGUGGACUUAGAGAAACGUUUCCAAGAAACAUUAAACGAAGCUUUGCAAGAUCAUGCAAAGGAAAUUGAACAUCUAGAGAGCGAAAUGCAGAGAGCUGAAGAAAGUUAUCAAGAGCAGAAGCUACAGCUUGUCCAAGAGUUUGAAAGAGAAAAAGACGAUAUUCUGUCCGACAAGCAACAGGAAAAGCAAAGUCUUGAAGCUACCAUUCAAAGUUUGCUCAAGGAAGUGAUCAAAUUAAAGCAGCAAAGGAAAGAAAUGAGGCAGAAUCACCGACAAGAGGCGCAAGGGAUCGAAGAGCUACUUGAAAAAGAACGAGAAGGCAUCAAAGACAAUAUGGACAAAUACAAGAGGGAGCUAUUCGAGAAGAUGAAAAACGAUCAUGAGCAAGACUUGACGAGCGAGAGAAAGAAGUACGAAGAGAUCAUCGAAGCUCUGCAAGGGGAGUUAUCCAAGGCAGAGGUUCGACUUAAGGAGGUGGAGGAGCGGUUACUCAGCGCUCUUGCAGAGGCGAAGUCACAAAAACUGGGCAACGACCCAGAAUCCCCUACGUCAAUUGACGAAUCUGACAUCAAGCUUAUCAAAAAGGGCCUGGAGUUUGAAUACGAUCAAAAGCUUAGCGCAGAGAAAAGGAAAUUCGAGGAGACUCUACAAGGUCUACGUAAGGAGGUCGGGAAUUUGCAGGAGAAGAGGAAGAUAAUCCAAGAACGUGUUUAUAAUCAGGAGUCUUUUGGGGCAGUGGAUAGGCACGUAAUUGAGAAGAGUAUUGCAAACUAUAAGAUGGAGGUGCUGUCAAAGCUAGAGGAAGAGAUGAAUAAUCGUCUCGCUCGUGAGAAGAAACCGCUAGAAGAGGAAGUCCGCGAGUUACAGGAAGAGAACGAGGAGUUGAAGAACCAGAGAUGGGAGAUGAAGGUCCACUUUAGACGCGAGAAAGUGAAACUUGAAGAGGAAUUCGAGCGAGAAAAGGAAAAUCUGGAAACUCAGUUUGAUGCGGAACGUGAAGAGUUCCGGAGGCGUCUAGAGGACAGAGCUCAGCAAAAGGCAAAGAUAAGCCGCGCAACAAGCCCAGUCCUCGGGGAGUCGACGCCGAGACAGGAGAAUAACGUGCGUAUGCUUCGUCAGGAAAACCUGGCUUUGGCGUCAGAAAACGAACGACUUCAGAUGGAGAAUGGACACCUUGUACUGAAGAUGGAAACCAUAGAACACAACCUGGCACAGACAGAAAGACUAAAGGCGGAGAAAAUGAGAAGAAUCCAAGAACGAAUACCAAAAAAGGUCCAAUUUGCAGACCAGGUUCCUCCCGGUAGACCUGGUACGUCAUCCAGUAACCAUGACGACAAGGACCGCUUGAUCCAUCAGCUCGUUGAGACCAAGAUGUUUUACGAGUCUGUGUUCGGGGAGCUGUGUGACGAAGCGGGGCUUUUUGAACUGGACAGCAACCAAGUAGUCUAAUCAUAGGGCACGUCACGCCAUAGAUGCUUGCACUUGCAAGAACAGGAGUAUAGGGGGAGGGCAUAAUCCAAAAGGUGAAACAGACAAUUAGUUUAAGUGAUUUCAAAGGCUUUUAAUCAUUAUUUUCUCCAGAAAAAAGACAUAAUAUAAAGCAAUACUUACGGUAAAUACUUUAAUUCGAGUGUAUCGCUUGCGUUUUUAUACGUUCUUUACACAGAGUGCAAUCAACUUUUACAAAUUUGUAUAAAAGAUGUUUAGUGCAGUAAUAUAUACUUUAUUAUAAAAACUAAAUAUUCGCGCUAAAAGCUUUAUCAAAACGUUUACAGUCAGUUAUAAGACCAUAAUGUUAAAAAUAAUUUGUAUAUGGCUAAAGAUUUGAAUUUAACGCUAAGGAUAUUUAGAUUUGAAGUAAAUAAAAGCGCAAUGAUAUGA